AUGGCCAAUUUCCAGUCCACUGCCUCUGUUCCCCAGGGAUUCUCCGUUUACCAGCCUAUGCUCGGUGCCCCUCUGCAGUUCUUCCCUGCUCUCGGAACCAAGCAUCUCGAUGAUUUGAUGGACGCUUACUUCCCUGGCCCCGCCUCUAUCAAGGAGAAGCGCGCCACCAUCUCUCUCGACUUCCUCGACCACAUCCAGAGGACCGGCGAGACCUUCAAGUUCUACGCCGUCGCUGGCUUUGUUGCUUCUCCUGAGUCUCCUGCUAGUGUCUCCACCUCCUCUCUCAAUGUCAGCCCUGUCACCUCAAAUUGGGACUGGAGUUCCAUCAAUGGCUCGUCCACCCCUCAGACCUCUCGCAAGGCCAGCACCGCUUCCUCGCGUCAACAGCAGCCCGCUGGUGAUUUCUCCCACAUGCCUGGGAUGAAGAUCAUGACCAAGGAGGGUGUUGAUGUCACCAACUCUGCUUCCCGCGGUUCCAAGACCAAGGAGCAGCGCGACCAUGCCCAUCUGAUGCGCAUUAUCAAGGCCUGCGACAGUUGCCGAAAGAAGAAGAUCCGAUGCGACCCCAGUCAUAAGAAGCGCGGUGGUGCCUCGCCGGUCGCUGCUCCAUCGACCGCCAAGGUGGUGAAGAAGACCAAGGCGACGCGACAGGAGCCAACUGUGGCCAAGGCCCUCCCACUGGCCAUGGAAUCAGUGCCACCACCUGCACCUUCAAUAGACUUCGACUUCUCUCUUACACCUGAUCUUGACACAUUCAUGCCCCUCGACUUUGCCCAGCAACAGCCUUGGGAAGACCUUAUCCAAUAUCCUGUUGAGGAGGUCGACGAUAACUACGACUUCUUCUUCGACCCAGAGGGCUACAUCUCAUCCGAGUCCGCCAGUUUCUCUACCCCCGAAUCGCAACCAAUCCGCCACUCUAUUUCGCCAAACUCGAUUCACGAGAACGUGGUUUCUGGUCUUCAGGAAGCAUAUGCUGGCACCGAUUACUUCAGUGUUGAUCAACAUGCACUGAAUGCUACCCCGGCAGCCGACUUCAACAUUCCUGUCAACACCGACUACACCGACUUCAACCUAUUCUCACCUCAAUCUACCUUCUCAGAGGAUGAUCGCAUGCUCUCAGUUGCAUCAUCGACACCCUCUAGUGCAUCGGGUGAAAACCUCGAAAGCGAUCUUGCACGCUAUAGCGGUGCUGCGCAAUCACCAUUAAUAUAUGGUGGCGAUGGCCUCGAUGUACAUGGCACGAUACACCUGCCAAGUGAGGCAGAACAAUUGGUAGUCGGCGAUGGCCAGGAUCACAAUAGGUUACUAUCUCGCUCGACCGAUCACGGAACGCUUGGUUAUAGGACGUCAGAUCAUCUGAAUGCAUCUGCGAUCCAAUCUGCGUCUGCCGAUCUGAUGGUACGCGAUGGCCACACGGUACCAUCCAGCCGAUCUGAGCAAGAAACAUUUGCGGCAAGCCCGCAUAGUGUAUCAUUUGCCGAUAGCAUUCACUCGGAGAGCACUGGAUCCCAGAUUCUUUCCACGCCUGAGUUGAGCGACAGCGUAUCAUCUCUCAGCAGCAGCCGUGGCUCGCAAUCACCAUUGGUGGCUGGCCUUGACGAAUAUGCAUUCACUGGCGUUGACUCCGUUGCUGAGCCACGAGAAAUAACGAACCUAGAAGCCGUGUCGAGGCGUAGGAACAUUGUACAAGAAGCAGCAUAUGCUGGCGAUCAACAUAUUGUUGGCGAUGAUCAACCUGCGGCAACGCAUGCGGUCUUCGCAAUUCGGGAACAAUCGCGCGCGGCAACGUCGCACGAUAAUUCUCACUCCUCCGUUGAUCUGCUACAAAUGCAACAGCCACAGCGCUUAACCGCUGUAGAAGCAAAUGCGAAUAGCCUUCAAUCCGCCGCCGCCGCUCAAGCUGGCCGUGCCGACCGAUCCGCUGGCCAGUCGUCUGUUCACCUGCCAGCAGUUUUACUUUGUCACGGCCACGGCCUUAUUCAAAGUAAGCUGCCGACAAGUACGAAUGCUCCACUGCCGUCAGAUCCACGGGUCAAGAUAGCAUUCUACGGCCUAACGCUGCUUGUGGCCCAGGCUGCUUCAGCGUGGAACUUGAUUAUUGCGAUGGCGAUUGCCAGCGUGGUAGCAGUUUCUUGUCUCAGCCAAGGAUGGUUGUCGACCAAAUCGACGAAACACAAAGCUCUGAGGGCAUCUCAAAGCCUUCUGUCGACCGUCACUUGCGAGGUGAAAGCCUCAAGAUCGACGAACAAGUACAUGCAUGAGCAUGUACCGCUACUUGGACGUCAAUUGGUCCAGGCUCUCUAA